ACAAAGUUGGUUAAUUUUAAUUGGAUUACAUUAUUCUUAACAUUCCUAAUUUCAUUGUAUAUUAUUCUACAAAUUCGCAUCAAUAACUACAAUUAAGUUCGCAGUGGCGCAUCAUUUUUCCUUCUGAAGGAUAGGUAUUUAUAAUUAAUAAUAUAAUUCAUCAAGCGCAGAUUAGCUAGUUAAAUUGUUUUUGUUUAUUUAUAUAACAGAACAUAUUCUUGGUAAGUAUCAGUCAGCAUGCUAUAAAAGCGAAUGUCAUAUUUUGUCUGUGAUAAUUUCUUAAAUUUGUAAUUUUACUUUUAAACUGCUUCGUAAACAAUAUUCUUGACUAAAUUCCCCGGGCGCUAGGGUAAAGUAGACAAACAUAUUUUACGUAUAUCACAAUUUAUCAAAGUACUUAUGGUAUAUUUAUCGAUUUAUGGUUAUUUUUAUGGACCUGUAUGGAUAUGAAACCGGUCAACUCAGUCAACUUUCGUUAAUGUUCGGAAAUGGUUCGGAUCGAUAAAAGUGAAUGACACUUUAUAUGACGUUUAUAAAAUACCAACGUUAUUAUACAUUCUUAUAUGAUUCCCAUUUACUGACAAUUAAAAGAAUUGAUGUGACAAAUGUGACAGUAGUUGGACAGUAGUCAAACUUUUUUGUUUGUAGCUAAUUUAAAAGCAAAUCAAAAGAAAAAAAAUAAUAGAAUACUUUUCGACUUUAAUAUCGUAUGCUGUGGACAUGUUCUAGAAUAAGUUCGCACUGUGCAAAUUAUCUAUACAUUAUAAUAAGUUGUGUAUCAAAGAAAAUUGAAAUGGCUGGAGCUACAGGCGAUCGUCAUCAAUAUCAGAAUAACGACACAAGCAGUGAUACUGAAGACUAUAGUGACGAUAGAAGAAGACGAGUUUUCAAAAAUCGCAUGAGUUUUAGUUACGGUUCCAUGUCUAAGCCCAAACCGUGCCUUGUCCAACGGUCGUCAUCGUUAACUGAUCAACGUUGUCAUCCGUUGAGCUCACCUAAACCCUGCCAUAUUUCCUCCCGUAAUGCUGAAUUCAGAAAUCGUUCAGUAACCAUUGGACCAUUAAAGAGCCAAAACCAACAAGGGACUACAGCAAAUGCAGCCUCUAGUGAAGAUCGUGUAACAUUAGUGGUGGAGAAUACAAGAUUUGUAAUUGACCCUGCCAUAUUAGUUGCAUAUCCAAACACACUUUUGGGAAGAAUGUUUACCUCUGGUUUGGAAUAUACCUAUCCUAAUGAAAGAGGAGAAUUUGAAGUUGCAGAUGGAAUAUCAGCAACAAUUUUCCGGGCCAUAUUGGAAUAUUAUAAGGGAGGUAUUAUAAAAUGUCCUCCAACUGUAUCUGUACAAGAAUUACGAGAGGCUUGCGAUUAUCUAUUGGUGCCUUUUGAUGCAGAGACUGUGAGAUGUCAAAACUUGAGAGGUCUUUUGCAUGAGUUAUCUAAUGAGGGUGCUAGACGUCAGUUUGAGGUUUUUCUGGAAGAACUGAUUCUACCAUUAAUGGUAAACUCAGCACAAAGAGGUGAUAGAGAAUGUCAUGUAGUUGUUCUUUUGGAUGAUGAUUCAGUUGAUUGGGAUGAAGAAUAUCCACCACAGAUGGGUGAGGAAUACAGCCAAACUGUCAACAGCACUGCCAUGUAUCGCUUCUUCAAAUACAUAGAAAAUAGAGAUGUAGCCAAACAAGUACUUAAAGAUAGGGGUUUAAAGAAAAUUCGUUUAGGAAUUGAAGGGUAUCCCACUUACAAAGAAAAGGUCAAGAAAAGGCCAGGUGGUCGUGCAGAAGUUAUUUAUAAUUAUGUACAACGCCCUUUUAUACAUAUGUCUUGGGAAAAAGAAGAGGCAAAGAGUCGCCAUGUAGAUUUUCAAUGCGUCAAGUCCAAAAGUGUUACCAAUUUAGCUGAAGCAACUGCUGAUCCAGCCUUGGAACUCGAUGCAAGGGGUAACCCAAUCGGAGGUGUUUUAGUGGAUCCUCCACCUUUGCUUCCUCUAGAAUUACCCUCCAUGGGCGUUGAAGCUAACGAAAAUGUUGAAAAUGGGGAGAAUGAAGAUGGUGCUGCUGGAGGAGCUCCAGAUCUCGAUAUUCCCAACGUACCCCCCGAUGACACGAAUGAAGCCUAAUUUCGCCCAUUACAUGUAUAAUUUUAGUUGCUGUUUUCGUACGUAAAAUAAUCAUAUCAUUACCCCCGUGUUGUGUGCUGUUUAUUCUCGAAGGCACAGUAAUUUUUACCAUCAAAUGGAUAUUGCGGUGAAAAAAAAGUAAAACCUAUGUACUAUCUAGGAUGCGCACAAAGCCAUUUUCCAGUUUCAUUUUUGUUAAUCGUUCAGUUAAUUUUUAUUAGUGAAUUAUCACGCCAAAUGCUUUAAACCAACAAUACAUUACUUUAAUAGAAUUUCGUUAUUUGAACAAAAAUGGAACUGGAACAAAGAUAUACUUUCUUCUCACAUUUUGUUUUUAGGAUUACAAAUUAAUACUUGUGGUCCUAUUUUUAUUCAUUUGCAGUUUAAAAGAAAAUAUCUAUUACAGUUUUAAAAAAUUAA